GGGGGAGGGGAGCACCCGGCCCGCUGGCUGCUGCUGCCCGCGCCGUGAAUUUGAGGGCAGGGUCCGGCCGGGUUCGUGAGCGAGGGGAGCGCGGGCAGCUAGUGAGCAAGAGGAGCGAGGGGAACGCGCCCACAGGCUCGCCAGGGUCGCGAGCGCGAGCUCGGGCCCCGCCCACCGGCGCUGGGUGGGGCCGGCGCCAGCCAGAGCUCCCCGCCCCCCCGGACACGCCCACCCAGUGUCUCGGCGGCGCGAGCCGCAACAGGCAGCGGCGGGCGAGCGCGAGGACCGCGCGCCGAGAGGCCUCGCGCGUGCGUGCAGCCUUUCGCUCGCUCGCUCGCUCGCGCGCUCGGGCGGGCGGGCUGAGGAGACGAGCCGAUCCUUCGCCGCCGCCGUGGGAGAAGCCUGGGCGUCCUCUCGGCGUCGCCCGGAUCCCCGUAAGCCCCGCGCCCCCCACUCCCGGCCGGGCCAUGGCUGAACGCGGAGGGACGGGCGGUGGUCCUGGAGGCGCCGGGGGCGGCAGCGGCCAGAGGGGCUCUGGGGUCGCCCAGUCCCCGCAACAGCAGCAGCCGCCGCAGCAGCCGACGCCUCAGCAGCCGACGCCCCCCAAGCUGGCCCAGGCCACCUCGUCGUCCUCGUCCACCUCGGCGGCGGCAGCCUCCUCCUCGUCCUCGUCCACCUCCACCUCCAUGGCCGUCGCGGUGGCCUCCGGCUCCGCGCCUCCCAGCGGCCCGGGGCCAGGCCGCACCCCCGCCCCGGUGCAGAUGAACCUGUACGCCACCUGGGAGGUGGACCGGAGCUCGUCCAGCUGCGUGCCCAGGCUGUUCAGCUUGACCCUGAAGAAACUCGUCAUGCUAAAAGAAAUGGACAAAGAUCUUAACUCAGUGGUCAUUGCUGUGAAGCUACAGGGUUCAAAAAGGAUUCUUCGCUCCAAUGAGAUCAUCCUUCCAGCUAGUGGACUGGUGGAAACAGAACUCCAAUUAACCUUCUCCCUCCAGUAUCCUCAUUUCCUGAAGCGAGAUGCCAAUAAGCUACAGAUCAUGUUGCAAAGGAGAAAGCGCUACAAGAACCGGACCAUCCUGGGCUAUAAGACCCUGGCUGUGGGACUCAUCAACAUGGCAGAGGUGAUGCAGCAUCCUAAUGAAGGGGCCCUGGUGCUUGGCCUGCACAGCAACGUGAAGGAUGUCUCCGUGCCUGUGGCAGAAAUAAAGAUCUACUCUCUGUCGAGCCAGCCUAUUGACCAUGAAGGAAUCAAAUCCAAGCUGUCUGAUCGUUCUCCUGAUAUUGACAACUAUUCUGAGGAAGAGGAGGAGAGUUUUUCAUCAGAACAGGAAGGCAGUGAUGAUCCAUUGCAUGGGCAGGACCUGUUCUAUGAAGAUGAAGAUCUACGGAAAGUAAAGAAGACCCGGAGGAAACUAACCUCAACCUCUGCCAUCACAAGGCAACCUAACAUCAAACAGAAGUUUGUGGCCCUCCUGAAGCGGUUUAAAGUUUCAGAUGAGGUGGGUUUUGGGCUGGAACAUGUAUCCCGAGAGCAGAUACGAGAGGUGGAAGAGGACUUGGAUGAACUCUAUGAUAGUCUGGAGAUGUAUAAUCCCAGCGACAGUGGCCCUGAGAUGGAGGAGACGGAGAGCAUCCUUAGUACUCCAAAGCCCAAGCUCAAGCCCUUCUUUGAGGGGAUGUCGCAGUCCAGCUCACAGACGGAGAUUGGCAGCCUCAACAGCAAGGGCAGCCUCGGCAAAGACACCACCAGUCCUAUGGAAUUGGCUGCUCUAGAAAAAGUCAAAUCUACUUGGAUUAAAAAUCAAGAUGACAGCUUGACUGAAACAGACACUCUGGAAGUCACUGACCAGGACAUGUUUGGAGAUGUGAGCACGAGUCUGGUUGUGCCAGAGAAGGUCAAAACUCCCAUGAAGUCCAGCAAAACGGAUCUCCAAGGUUCUGCUUCCCCCAGCAAAAUGGAUGGGGUGCACACACCCCGGCAGAAGAGGAGCACGCCUCUGAAGGAGCGGCAGCUCUCCAAGCCCCUGAGUGAGAGAACCAACAGCUCUGACAGUGAGCGGUCCCCCGAUUUGGGCCACAGCACACAGAUUCCAAGAAAGGUGGUGUAUGACCAACUAAAUCAGAUCCUGGUAUCAGAUGCAGCCCUCCCAGAAAAUGUCAUCCUUGUCAACACUGCUGACUGGCAAGGCCAGUAUGUGGCAGAGCUGCUCCAGGACCAACGGAAGCCUGUCGUGUGCACCUGCUCCACCGUUGAGGUCCAGGCCGUGCUGUCCGCCCUGCUCACCCGUAUCCAGCGCUACUGCAACUGCAACUCCUCCAUGCCAAGGCCGGUGAAGGUGGCAGCAGUGGGAGGCCAGAGUUACCUGAGCUCCAUCCUCCGGUUCUUUGUCAAGUCACUGGCCAGCAAGACCUCUGACUGGCUCGGCUACAUGCGCUUUCUCAUCAUUCCCCUCGGUUCUCACCCUGUGGCCAAAUACUUGGGCUCAGUCGACAGUAGAUACAGCAGUACCUUCCUUGAUUCUGGCUGGAGAGAUCUCUUCAGCCGCUCGGAGCCCCCCGUGUCAGAGCAACUGGAUGUGGUAGGGCGAGUCAUGCAGUAUGUCAACGGGGCUGGUGUGACACACCAGCUCCCUGUGGCUGAAGCCAUGCUGACCUGCAGACACAAGUUCCCUGAUGAAGACUCCUAUCAGAAGUUUAUCCCCUUCAUUGGUGUGGUGAAGGUGGGUCUGGUUGAAGACUCUCCUUCCACUGCAGGCGAUGGGGAUGACUCACCUGUGGUCAGCCUUACUGUGCCCUCCACAUCACCGCCUUCCAGCUCAGGCCUGAGCCGAGAUACCACAGCCACCCCUCCUUCAUCCCCAUCCAUGAGCAGUGCCCUCGCCGUUGUGGGGAGCCCCAACAGCCCAUAUGGGGACGUGAUUGGCCUCCAGGUGGACUACUGGCUGGGCCAUCCUGGCGAGCGGAGGAGGGAAGGUGACAAGAGGGAUGCCAGUUCCAAGAACACCCUCAAGAGCGUCUUCCGCUCAGUGCAGGUUUCCCGCCUGCCCCAUGGUGGGGAGGCCCAGCUUUCCGGCACCAUGGCAAUGACUGUGGUCACCAAAGAGAAGAACAAGAAAGUUCCCACCAUCUUCCUGAGCAAGAAACCUCGAGAAAAGGAGGUAGAUUCCAAGAGCCAGGUCAUCGAGGGCAUCAGCCGCCUCAUCUGCUCUGCCAAGCAGCAGCAGACCAUGCUGAGAGUGUCCAUCGACGGAGUCGAGUGGAGUGACAUCAAGUUCUUCCAGCUGGCGGCCCAGUGGCCCACCCAUGUCAAGCACUUUCCAGUGGGACUAUUCAGUGGCAGCAAGGCCACCUGAGGGCACUAUCUCCUGGCCACUCUCCCUCCUGGCACUGCCACCAGCCUCACCGCCUGCGGGCAGGGGGAGGCCAGCAGGCCUGGGACCAGCAUCCCCUUUCCUGGCCUGGGGGCCUGCAUCUCUCUUGCCCAGUCCUGAAGGACACUGCCAGUGGGGACACUGCUCCCCUCCCUCCUGCUCAGUCCUCUCCCUCCUGCUCCAGGCGCAAGGCAUGUCGAUUUUGCCUUCUGGCGCCCAUCCCUGGAACUGAGUCCUCUGGGCCUUCCUUUGACUUCCAGUCUCCCCACGUGGCACCAGUUCCUUCCUGGAAAUAGGAAACCUGGAAUCCUGGGCCACAGCAGGGAGUCCAGCCCUCUCCACCUCUGCCAGCUGCCCAACCUGCCCCCCUCAAGUGGGGCCCAGGACCACUUCCCGCUGCCGUGGGUUCUCCCAGUGGGGGGUAGAAGGGGUACCCUGGGCCCAAGGGCCCCCCUCCCCUCCACAGUCACAGGGGCAGCCCCACCCCUCCCUCACCGCCAGGACAGCAUUUCUAUGGUGAUGCCAUAUCUUUCUCGGGUGGAGGGGCCUCCCUGGUCUCCCCCAUGCACGAUCUCCUCACUUACCCCCAGGUCCCCCCUAGAUGUCUCGAGCGCCCUUGAGUGUUUCUUUAGUUCUCUGCACAGCCAGUCUCUUGGUGGUUCCAUGUGACUUGCUUGGGCACCAGCCCCUGUCCUUGUGGCUUCCCCCUUGUUGAUGACUGUCCUCCCUCUGCUUCCUACCCCCUCCACCCCAGCACAGCGCUGCCUCUUCCUGAACUCCAGACUGAGACAGAUGGGAGGCAGACCCCACUGGCAUAUUGUCUGUGAUCCUCCAUCUCCCUGUGCCUACCGUGUCCAUUUGUGUCCCACUCCCUAGUGUGUUCUUCCUUCCUCACGCCUAGGCAGAGAGCCCACCUUCCCAGCUGGGUGUUUCUCUAGCAGGCUCCAGUCCCUUCCUCUCGCCACAGGGGUCUGAGCCAACUCCUCAGCCUUGACCAUCAGCCUUCUCAGGAGAAGCUGAGCAUGCAGGGCCACCAUCCCGGCCGCAGCCCUCUCCCCCCCACAGCACCUUCAGAGCUUUACCGUUGCCCUCUCACCCCUUCUAGAAGUUUUUGCACAGAACUUCAUUUUGAAAAGUGUUUUUCUCAUUCUCCAUACCUCCCCAAACUCCUCCAGCCCUUACCCCCGCUCAGCCCUGCUGUCCAGAGCAUCUCCUGGCCUGAGCUGCUCUCUUGGGGCUGGAGACGGGUGGGGCUUGAGGGACCGAGUGGAUGUUGGGUUUUUCAUUCAAUAAACUGGUGAUUUCUUACCAACUA